UUCAUCUUCUGGAUUAUUGGAAAUUUAACCUCAUUCCCGAGCCAGUGUUGGUAACUAUGCCGAGCAGCGACGUUGGGAUUCCGUGAUCAAUGGAUACCUGAAAGUGGGCAUUUGUGAGGCUCAGCUGCGCCAAGGCUUUAGUAGAGGCUGAUGAGUGAAAGCUGACUGGUCCCUAAAGACACGUCUUGUGAGUGUGUCACAGCGGGGUCCUAUGAGAUUUUGGGUUGUUGGCGUCCCUAUAACUAAGGUUGAACCGAGGCAUCCCACAUGUUUUCCCAACACCUUACAAUCAUACCACCACUUUGGGUCUACACUGGGCCCCUUUCAAGCGCCUCCCAAAGCUGCAACUUUUCUAUCUCACAACUCACACACCGCUCAUACCUUCUCUGACCCACAACAAUGCCACUUUCCUAUAUAGCGAGGGACAUCGACUAUGUUCCUCCGCCGGGUCAAGAGGUCACUCGACUCGAGACUCACCACGAUGAUCUUUUCCAGACAACAGACUUACCACGUCGAGCAUGGAAUCGGCCGUUGAAUCUUCCACCAGAAGAUCCGACUCUAGGUCUCUGCGCCCGGCACUGUCUCAUGGACCUCAAACGCUCAGAUUUCGGACCUCGACCGUUUAGUCAACAAUUCCCUCCGGAUUGGUAUCUUGGUACCUAUAAUGAAGUGGCGGCACGGGGCUCGUGGUGCAAGAUGUGUCAGCUAAUCGCCGAAGCUUGCGAUGACAUUGCUUGGCCAGAUCAGGCGGAUACAGUCAUGAGCUGGGUCAGAGAUGUGCGGUGGAGGAAGAAAGCUUCGCCCGAUAAUGACCUGGAUAAUGGAGUAGAGAGCACGGAGACGUGGGAAACGUUGAGGCUCGCGGUUCGGUCGACUAUGAUCGGAAGAGCGCCGGCCUUUACUCCUUUCGAUCUCGUGCCACUGGGCAGAGAGGGGGAACCGUUCCAGGGGAGACGUCUCGACGAGGGUCAGAUCGAUAUAGAUCGUGUCAUGACCUGGCUGAAGUUUUGCAGGGAAUGGCAUGGAACGGCACAGCAGAGCCUAUCGGAAUCGACCACUGUACCGACAUUCGGCCCAUUUAUCCGACUCAUUGAUCUCGAAGAGAAUUGCCUGGUCGAAAGAAACGAUAUUGUACCGUACGUGGCACUGAGCUACGUCUGGGGUCGGGUGGAAGUCUUCAAGACCCGUGAAGAAAAUAUCGACGAGCUGAGAAUCCCUGGUGGGAUAUUGGAAAAGGAGUUCUUGUUCCCGCGCUCGUUAAGGGACGCAAUGACGCUGGCGCGAAGACUUGGAUACCGUUACAUCUGGAUCGACUCCAUCUGCAUUAUUCAGAAUGAUGACACCGACACCUACAAGAACCUUGAUAAAAGGCACCAGAUAGGGCAGAUGGGAAAGAUCUACCAAUACGCGGACCUCACCAUAGUGGCUGCCAGUGGAGAAGAUGCGAACGCUGGUCUGCCUGGGGUAGAGCCUGGGACGCGGGAAGCCAAGCAGAAACAAGUUAAGAUAUCAGAAGACCUCACCAUUAUGAAUCGCUCUCGCGCCUGGCCGGAUGCGCUGCUUAGAACAACAUGGGAAGAAAGAGGAUGGACUUACCAGGAGCGCAUCCUGUCCCUGCGCUAUAUGUACUUUGUCGAUGACACGGUACACUUCCAGUGUCAACAAGCCGCUUGGAGCGAAGACUUUGCGGCCGAGUCCCCGGACCUGGACUUAUCCGCCGCUGACCAGGUGGUUAACUUCAGUAUUGUCCCUACUGAAGUCCCCCCCACGGUUGACUUGCGGCCAAAUUUGAAGUUUCAGCUCAAGCGAUAUCCCGAGCUGGUCGGGCAAUACACCUGUCGCAAUAUGACAUUCAUAACAGACCGCGUGAAUGGGAUCCAGGGUAUUUUGAACGUGAUCAAAGAUCAUUUCUUUUCCCAGGACGUCGAGUUUGUCCACGGGAUGCCAACGGGCGAGCUCCUGCAUCCGGGGCUUCUCUGGCGACCAAGACUGGAGCCGAAGAGAAUACGUUUGGAUGAGAGGAAAGGGAGACCGCUGUGGCCAAGCUGGGCAUGGGCCGGUUGGACAGUACCAGUCUACUACGACUAUGGUGCUGACUUUUCGGCCAACAGCACUGAUAUCAGCCUUGGCCCGGACCCAUAUUUCCUACAUUUGAAGGCUCGCGUCGCCCGUUUCAGACUCAUGAUUGAGGACCGAGGCAAUGAGGAUGCGGUCCCCCCACUACCUCGGGUCCGGCCAACACGGUUGACACGGUAUGCGAUAACGCAUGCGACGAAUCCUGAUGGAGGAUCAAUAUGGUUGACGUGGUCCUAUCGAAGGAAGUUCGUUGAACAUGAGUUGAAACUUAUUUCGAAGUUCAUCAUUCUUUCGGACGCAGACGGGUUCGAGCGAGAGGAACUGGUGCAAGCUGCAACAGCCGAGAAGAGAGCCGUUGUCAACGAGGAUCCGGGAACAGACGGCCGAGUUCGCAUUGAGCGUGCAGGUGUUGGUCGAAUGUACAGAGAUGCGUGGGAUCUAGAGUGGGAGCGGUUUGAGCUGGGAUGA